UGGAUCUUGCCCCGCAGAGGCGAGCUGUGGGGCUUCCCAGACACCCUUCCUUCUCCAGCCUCUCCCGAGGCAGCCCUCUGCCCAGAAGGGGUUAACUCUGAGCUUCACUUCUUGAAAGAACCUGAGGCUUUUAUUCCUUGAUCUUGCCUGCUCCCUCUCUUUGCAAAGUCUUCCUGAUCUUUAUACCUCCUGCAAGUCCCUCCUCCUUACUCUCACCUCCUGGACUCCAAAAACAGUCCGAUUGCCAGAGCGGGUCAAUGGUUAACACUCAGCCGGCUUUAUAUAAACUUGCCCCGGCCGGCCGCCUACCCGCUGCCGUGUUGCUCCUUCAGUUCCCUGGAUCCCGGAGGCAGUGGCUUCAGCAGCCCUCCUGGGUCCACACCAUGGCCACCUGCUGGCAGGGCCUGUGGGCCUAUCGCUCCUACCUGAUUGUGUUCUUGCUGCCCAUUUUCCUGCUGCCUCUGCCCAUCCUCGUCCCCACUAAGGAGGUGACGUGACUCCGGGACACAGGCCUGCCCCAGCAACAGCUCUGCCACCCCUCUCCCGCCCACAGGAAGCCUACUGUGCCUACUCCAUCAUCCUCAUGGCGCUCUUCUGGUGCACCGAGGCUCUGCCCCUGGCUGUCACCGCCCUCUUCCCCAUCAUCCUGUACCCCAUGAUGGGCAUAAUGGAUGCCUCCGAGGUGUGCAUCGAGUACUUUAAGGACACCAACAUCCUGUUCGUCGGGGGGUUGCUCGUGGCCAUCGCUGUGGAGCACUGGAAUCUGCACAAACGCAUUGCCCUCUGCGUGCUCCUCAUCAUCGGGGUGCGGCCUGCCCUGCUGCUGUUGGGCUUCAUGUUGGUCACGGCCUUCCUGUCCAUGUGGAUCAGCAACACAGCCACCACGGCCAUGAUGGUGCCCAUCGCACAUGCUGUUCUGGAACAGCUGUACAAGACGCCCACAGGCAAGGAUGUAGAGGAGGGCAGCGACAACCCCACCUUCGAGCUCCAGGAACCAAGUCCCCAGAAGGACGUGACCAAGCUUGAUAAUGGGCAGGUCCACCCUGUCCCACCUGCUUCUUCAGAGCCGAAGGAACAGAAGGACAGGCAGCGGGUCCGCUUUAGCCAGGGCAUGAGCCUGUGUGUGUGCUACUCGGCCAGCAUCGGGGGCAUCGCCACGCUCACCGGCACCACCCCCAACCUGGUGCUGCAAGGCCAGGUCAACUCGCUCUUCCCCGAAAACGGCAACGUGGUGAACUUCGCCUCCUGGUUCGGCUUUGCCUUCCCCACCAUGGUCAUCUUGCUGCUGCUUGCCUGGCUGUGGCUGCAGGUGCUCUUCCUGGGGUUCAACUUCCUGAAGAACUUUGGCUUUGGCGGACACGAGCGGGAGCAAGAGCGGGCAGCCUUCCACAUCAUCCAAACAGAACACAAGCUACUGGGCCCCAUGACCUUUGCAGAGAAGGCUGUCUCUGUCCUCUUUGUCAUCUUGGUGGUGCUAUGGUUCACUCGGGAGCCCGGCUUUUUCCUUGGCUGGGGCAACCUGGCUUUUCCCGACAAGGAUGGGAAAAGCAUGGCGUCCGAUGGGACAGUGGCCAUCUUCAUUGGCAUAAUUAUGUUCUUGGUGCCCUCCAAGAUCCCAGGGCUGACUCAGGAUCCAGACAAACCAGGGAGGCUGAAGGCCCCUCCUGCCCUCCUCAACUGGAAGACAGUGAAUGAGAAGAUGCCCUGGAAUAUCGUCUUCCUUCUGGGUGGUGGCUUUGCCCUGGCCAAGGGCAGUGAGAAAUCAGGACUGUCCGAGUGGCUGGGGGACAAGCUGACCCCGCUACAGAAUGUGCCACCUCCCGCCAUUGCCUUCAUCCUCUGCCUGCUGAUUGCCACCUUCACUGAGUGCACCAGCAACGUGGCCACCACCACACUUUUCCUGCCCAUUCUGGCCUCCAUGGCCCAGGCCAUCUGCCUCCACCCUCUCUAUGUCAUGCUCCCCUGCACGCUGUCUGCCUCCCUGGCCUUCAUGCUGCCUGUGGCCACCCCACCCAACGCCAUAGUCUUCUCUUUCGGAGGCCUCAAAGUGUCUGAUAUGGCCCGAACGGGAUUCCUGCUCAACAUCAUCGGAGUGCUGGUCAUCACGCUGGCCAUCAACAGCUGGAGCUUCCCCAUCUUCAGCCUGUACACCUUCCCCUCCUGGGCGUACUCCAACACCACAGCCCACUGCAUGGUCAACCAGGCAAACACCACAACAGCUCGCCCCUAGACCAGGGUAUCACCUGGCCAAGACCAGGAAGACCCACCUGUUCUCAUUCCUCUGAGCCAGGACGGGACACCCGGGCUCCAGGCCAAGCCCUGAGAGGAAGGCACAUAUAUACAGAAACUCGCGUGUGUCUGUAAGGAAGGGAUGGGAGUGCUCCGCCCUGUGUACCUGAGGAUAAUGUGUAUAUAUAUAUAUAGAUGGAUGUGA